AUGAUAAAUUAACAGCCAAAUUAGGAAAUAGAGGAUUUGGAUUCCGAUGAUGUUGAUAUCAUAUUCAGAAGAAUCAAAAUAAUAUUCUUUUUUAGUCUAUUACAGUUAAUAGUUUCAGGAGGAUUGAUGUACUUGCAUCUGGGGUUUAUUAAUUAUAUGAUAGUGGAUGGAAUCGGAAUACCAUUCUAAGUAAAUUAGAGAAUGUUUUGGUCCUAUGAUUAAAAUCGAAAAACAAUUUAAGCAUAAUAACAACACACCGAGACUACAAACAAUUUCUUAACCAGAUUUUAAUUGGUCUUCAGUGUUACUUUAACAACUGUAUUUAUUUAUGAAUUUAUGGGAUUCCUAUUAAUAACAAUCUAAGAACAAGCAAUGAAGGACUUAUUCAUCUUUUUAAUAAUCAUCGGAUUUUCAAUUUAAAUUUUAAUAUAAAUUGUAAUUUUAAUAACCAAUAGUUACUUUUGUAAAUCACCAAAUGUAUUGAGAUUGUCAAUUUAUUUCCAAAGUCUUACUCUUUCCCUUGUAAUAUUUUUGAGUUGGGUUAAAAUAUAUUAGGUUCAAGAGUUACCAUCUUAAAUAUAAACAGCUGACUAUUGGAUUGAAUGGAACACAUUGCUACAAAUUCCUACUCUUUUAUUUUUGGCUAUUUCAAUGUUAUUCAACUAUAUGGGCAAUAAAAAGGCAUAUAAUAUUUUGGGAACUGUUUUCUUGCUUUUAUCGAUUUUGCAUACAGUUUUCGGUUGCCUAGUAAUUAGAAAUGGAUAAUUUUGGGUUCCAACUAAUGAUUAAUUGGCUUUGAGAGCCUUACACAAUGACGUUAUUGAAGAUAUGGGUUGUUCCAAAUAUAUCAACAAUGAACAAUGUCCGUUGGUGUAUUAGGUGGAGGCCUGGGAGUAUAACAAUGAACUGAAGUGUUUAUCAUCAAUUUGUGAAGAUAAAGCAAUAAACUAUAUCAAGAAUCUAAAUUUACUAUUAGGUUUAGUAUUUCUUUUUGAAGCAUCUCUGCUUUUUAUGAAUACUUAUGCAAUGUACACAGUUUCGGUCAAAUAUCAAAUCAGUAAGUUGCUUAAUCCACUCACGUAGAAGAUAGUUAUAAGCUUAUUUUUCUUAACAACAAUAGUUGGGAUUGUUUGCUUAGAAUCAAUCCCUUUGCCAAAGAUUCAGACUUAGCCAUCUAUGGACCAUUCUAUUGAAUCGGAUAUGCUACCUGAAUUUAAUUAAGUGAAUUUUAACCAAAUUGCAAAUAGCUUUAAUUUAUAAGAUUGUUAAACAAUCAAUUAAUUAUAAACGAUUAAUGAAUUUCAAGCUAUUAAUUGUGAUACAAGUUGUGAAUAAUAUGAAUUUAUUGUUGCAUUAACAAGCGAAAAUAGUUUAUUCAAAUAAUUAGAACCAAACUCAGUGAAAACAUUUAAUCAGGAGUUUACCAAUCAAUAUUUCAACAAAAAGGAUAUUCAUCAAUAACUUGUUAUCAAAGGGGAUAAGAAUUCAGUUAUUUAAGGGCUUAAUAAUAUUUAGGUAUGUUCUGAUAAUUCUUAAAUUUAAAUGGAUGUCUAAGUGGAAUAAGUUAAAUAAUAAAAAAUUAGAUUACUUUAAAAAUUGAAAUUUAUGGACAUAUUAAGCAAUAGAAUAAUUCAAAAAGGAACUUUUAGAGUGUAUAAAGAAUUUAUAUAAUGUGCUCACAUAAAAGAUCAACCUUAUUUUGAAUAAUCAAUCGAUGAUGAGAACAUAAUAUACAAUAUUAAAAAAGGAUCAUACAUAACUAUAGUGUUUUAAAAUGAAAAAUAUUUUGAUUAUUGUGGAAAUUUCUUAAUUUCAGAAGAAAAAUUGACCAUUAAUCCUUAUAAAUUGAAUAACAACAAAUUUACGAUAAUAGUCAAGUGGUAAAAUGAAUAAGAAACACCAGUGUACUUAAUUGCAAACCAAAAAAUAGGAAAAAAUGUUAGCUGCCAAGUUGGAGGCUAUUUCACUGGUUGUGGACACAUAAAAAGCAAAUAAAACAAGAAUUAUUCUUUACUUUAAUUCUAAGAAUAUAUCAAUAAUGCUAUAAUAUUCUUGCAAGAUUAUGAAGUAGAUAAUUAGAAUUCUUUGUCUUUGUCUAUUAAUAUAUAUUUUAAUGGAGUCUCUAAUACAAGAUAUAUAUUAUGCAUAGAUAAUCAUGGCAAUUUUAAAAUAGUUUAAGAAAUUGACAACAAUAAUUUAUAUCCAAAAACUUGUUGA